GGCAUUGUUGAGUUCUCAGGGAAGCCAGCUGCUCGGAAAGCUCUGGAUAGAUGCAGUGAAGGUUCCUGUUUGCUUACCACAUUUCCUCGGCCUGUAACUGUGGAGCCUAUGGACCAGUUAGAUGAUGAGGAAGGACUUCCAGAGAAGCUGGUUAUAAAAAACCAGCAAUUUCACAAGGAGCGAAAACAGCCACCCAGAUCUGCACAGCCUGGAUCCUUUGAGUAUGAGUAUGCCAUGCCCUGGAAGGCACUCAUUGAGAUGGAGAAGCAACAGCCGGAUCAAGUGGACCUCAACAUCAAGGAGGCUCGUGAAAAGCUGGAGAUGGAGAUGGAGGCAGCACGCCAUGAGCACCAGGUUAUGCUAAUAAGCCAGGAUAUGAGGCGUCGAGAAGAGCUUCGGAGAAUGGAGGAGCUGCAUAACCAAGAGGUUCAGAAAAGAAAGCAGCUAGAGCUCAGGCAGGAAGAGGAGCGCAGGCGCCGUGAGGAAGAAAUGCGGCGGCAACAAGAAGAAAUGAUACGGCAACAGCAAGAAGGAUUCAAGGGAACCUUCCCUGAUGCGAGAGAACAAGAGUUACGGAUGGGCCAAAUGGCUAUGGGAGGUGCUAUGGGCAUAAACAAUAGAGGCGCUAUGCCCCCUGCUCCUGUGCCAACUGGUACCCCAGCUCCUCCAGGACCUGCCACUAUGAUGCCAGAUGGAACCUUGGGAUUGACCCCACCAACAACUGAACGUUUCGGCCAAGCUGCUACAAUGGAAGGAAUUGGAGCAAUUGGUGGAACUCUUCCUGCAUCCAACCGCCCAGCUCCUGGAACUGAAUUUGCUCCAAAUAAACGCCGCCGAUACUAG